AUGAACACAGUACAAGCUGUCUACGAUGGCCUCCCGCCGAAAUCGUUGGCCGUGGCCGCGAUCCUUGUCAUAAUCGGCGUGGUUAUCUUUACACGCAUUCUCAGCGGCCUGCGAGGUCGCGCUGGACAGCGGCGGCCCCGGAGCGUACCAUAUUGGAUCCCUUGGCUCGGGCAUAGUUUUUCUUUUGCUCGAAACCACAUAGAGUUUCUGGAGAAGACGAAAAAUCGUCUAAAUGAGCCUGUCUUCGGCAUAUUAAUGGGUGGCGCGAAACACAAUGUCGUCAUGUCACCAUCGAUGAUCAAGUCGGUUCUAUCCUUCAGAGGCAUAACAACAGCGCCUUUAAUUCAACAUGUUUCUCAGAAGAUUUUUGGAGACAGGGGCGCUUUUCAAAAGCUGAACCCCACCGACUUGCGCGUGUUCCACCAUAACAUCCCUAAUCAAUUCAUGCACGAGCCUUCGCUCUCGCAAACGUCGACGGCAGCUGCUCGGUUUAUUGAACGGGAGGCUCCGAAUCUGGUCACAUUCUCUCCGGCUGUCAUUGAUCAGAUGCCGUGGGAGCGCCCGGGAGAUGUUACGAUUGUCGAUGGAGCCGAUCGACCUACCUGCGAAGUGGACUUUUUCGAGCUUAUCAGGUAUUUCGUUGGAACCACGACCACCACUUCUUUAUUUGGGCAAGCCAUUCUGGAAACUUUUCCAACCUUGUUAAGUGACAUCUGGAGCAUCGACAAUCAGUUCACGACCUUGUCAAUGGGACCACCGCGAUGGCUGACGCCGGGAAUUUCCAGAGCGUAUAUUGCCCGUGACCGGCUAUUGGAUAUUCUCACUGUAUUUCACCAUGCAAUUCUGCUCUGGGACGAGGGUAAAGAUAUUCCGAUGGAAUUCCGUGAUCUGCGAGAUCUCGAGGACGUCUCAGAACCGAUCAAGAAACGAGUUCGCAUGGCGAAAGACCUUGGACUGUCGCCGAAAGAGAGCGCUCCAGCACACUUAUCUUUACUAUGGGCCAUGAACGGCAACUCGCCGAACCUUGUCUUCUACCAUCUUCUUCGCUUAUACGCCGACCCCGGUCUGUUGGAGGCUAUCCGGAACGAGGUCGCUUCGGCCGUCAAGGUAUCGAGACCAUCUAGAGAGGAAACUGGUUUCCCUAUUCUGGAACCACCCCGGCUUUCCAUUGACAUAGACAAGCUAUCCGAGUGUCACCUCCUGCGUGCGACAUUUUACGAAACGUUACGCCUAGAUUCAGCGGGUCUUUCCUUCCGACAGCUGACUGCAGAUCUGACUCUUGCAGAGACAGAAGAAGAGGCGAAACGUGCGGGGCAAACAACCUCACGAUCUUAUGAUCUCAAAAACGGCGAGCUAGUUGUCAUCCCUCACGGUGUCCUGCACAACGACCCGACUCAAUUUUUCAAGCCUCACCAGUUCGACCCUCUCAGGUUCAUUCAUACAGACCCUGAAACUGGCGAGAGACGCGCAAAGCUAGACGGCAUGACUCCGUUCGGCGGCGGAUUGCCCGCAUGCAAAGGGCAGGCAUUUGCAGAGAAGAAGAUCCUGGCCUUGUCCGCUGCGAUUGUAUCGCUGUGGCAAGUCGAGCCGGCUGGUGGAAAGAAGGAAUUCGCGAUUCCAGAGCAUAAGAUCUCCAGUGCUGCUUUUCUGCCGAAGAAUGAUAUCCGGGUGCGGAUAUCCUCGCGCUUUUAG